CUGUCGGUACGACUUCACCGCACCUCUCUGGCUGGCAUAGAUCCUUCAUCAAUCGAACAACUUGCACCAUUAGCAAAAACAUUCAUCGGGCCGCAACUUAGUCAGGCUCUCAAGAAAGGCAUACCUUUCCCUCUCAAGGACUCAAUAACAUUCGUCGAGCCACAACUGAAAACUCGAGACGGUUACAUUGAACUCGCCACGGACUUUAUUCUCAAUGAGAAUGCUAUGAGAGCAAAAAUCCAUGAGACGUUUGCUGAUAUAAAUAUCUAA